AUGAAGGGAGAUCCCAAUAAGCGCAAUAAGAGUAAAUAUUGUCGCUUCCACAGGGACCAUGGGCAUGACACGGAUGAAUGUUAUGACCUGAAACAGCAGAUUGAGAAUCUUAUUAGACAAGGAAAGCUGAGGCACUUCGUUGGAAGGGAUCAUAGAGAUGAGAAGUUGAAAGGAAAAAUAGAGGAAUCGUCCUGGCCCCCACUAGGAGAGAUAAGGAUUAUCGUUGGAGGAAACUCGAUGGGGCAAUCUUCUAAGUUGAAGAAGACGUAUCUCAAAGUGGUGCAAAACGUCCAGCUCUCUGGACGAUCACCAAGGACGAGAUCAAUGGACGAGCCAGCCAUUUCCUUCACCGAUGAAGAUGCUGAGAGGAUCCAUCACCCACAUGACAAUGCGAUUGUCAUUACUCUGCUUAUUGCAGAUUAUACAACCAGGAGAGUGUUAGUUGACAAUGGAAGCUCAACAGACAUAUUGUACUACCCUGCCUUCCAACAGAUGAGGCUUGGACGGGAUCAACUUCGUCCAGUUUGCUCACCGUUGAUAGGGUUCGGAGGAAUGAAGGUGCAGCCCGUAGGCACCGUUACAUUACCAGUAGUGGUAGGGUCAUACCCACAGCAGAUAACUAGGGAAGUCAAUUUCCUCGUGGUUGACUGUUCGUCUUCAUACAAUGCCAUUAUUGGAAGACCAAAUCUGAAUAGUUGGAAGGCGAUAACGUCUACCUACCAUCUAUCAGUCAAAUUCCCUACUGAGUACGGGAUAGGGCAAGCACAAGGAGAUCAGUUGGCAGCUAGAGAAUGCUAUUUAGCCAUGAUGGCUUUGGACGAACAGGUGCAGACAAUGAGCAUUGAGGAAAGAAGGGUUGUUGUAGAGCCCACAGAAGUAUUGGAAAAUGUUCUUUUGCAAGAAGAUGAUCCCGAGAAAUUCACCAGAAUUGGAACAGGUAUGAAGGAGAAGGCAAGAAAAGACCUCAUCCAAUUCCUGAGAAAGAGUAUCGAUGUUUUUGCAUGGAGCCAUGACGACAUGCCGGGAAUCGACCCAAGUGUAAUCACUCAUCGAUUGAAUGUGUACCCCUUUUUUAAGCCUGCUCUUCAGAAGAAGAGGGUGUUCGCCCCUGAGCGAGAUAAGGCAAUCAAGGAAGAGGUCCAGAAACUGACCACGACACAGUUCAUUAAGGAAGUCUAUUACCCGGAUUGGUUAGCCAAUGUUGUGAUGGUGAAAAAAGCAAAUGGCAAGUGGAGAAUGUGCGAAGAUUUCACUAACUUGAACAAGGCUUGUCCCAAGGAUAGUUAUCCUUUGCCACGCAUUGAUCAAUUGGUGGACUCUACGGCUGGCCAUCAGUUGCUGAGCUUUACAGACGCCUUCUCAGGAUAUAAUCAGAUCAAGAUGGAUGAAGCUGAUCAGGAAAAGACUUCCUUCAUUACUAGCCAAGGCUUGUUUUGCUACAAAGUGAUGCCCUUCGGUUUGAAGAACGUAGGGGCAACUUAUCAAAGGUUGGUAAAUCACAUGUUUCGUCCACAGAUAGAACGGAAUGUAGAGGUUUAUGUCGAUGACAUGCUUGUGAAAAGCAUAGACGAGGGAAGCCAUUUGGAAGACCUACAGGAAACCUUUGAAACACUUAGGCGAUAA